AUGUUUGGAAUUCGCACGCCAAUGAAGAAGGUGACAGAAACAGAGGCUCCGUCCCCACAAAAAUCACCACACCUGACGGAGAAGGCAGGACCUUCUCAACUAAAUUCGACACAAAUCCUCAGUGUGAGACGUAGUAUUGGUGAAUGGGAGUCUGGAGCCAAUGUUGGACAGAAGAAGUCUGCCCCUUUGGUCCCUUCAGGACCAAGGGAGAGGAAGCCGCUUUCCCAGGAAACCAGACUGAGUGAUCGGAGAGCAUCAGCGGAGAGCAUGAAGACGCCCCCACUUAAGCCGAAGUACAGCAGCAGGAUGUCAGAAGCCAAGGCCUGCCUAGUGAAGGCUAAAACAUUACUGGGCGAAUCACGAAACCUUAAGGCAGACAUAAAGCACGGCGUAACGCAGGCGGUCGAGCGGCUGUACCAGCUGGUUAAGGAAGCGGGGGGAAGCAAAGACCAAGCGUCAAAAGGCGAUAGUGAGCACCGGGAGGGAAGGGAUGAGGCGCUGAAUAGCAGUCCCGAAUCACCGCAAAGUGAGCUUAUGAGGGAACUUAUUACAAACUUGAAGGACCACAAAAACGCGCUCCAGGACUGUGCAGAGCACACCCUUGCCCUCUCUAAGGACAUACAACAUGCACAUUCCGAUAUAGCUGAGCAGAGACCCUCUUACGCGGAGGUUGCGAGACUCACCAAGUCAAUCGAAGACCUCAAAACAAACCUGAGCAACCAAACACACCCGCAGCCUGCCCACCUAGAGUCAGCACAACACCAGAAACAUGCCCACAUUGCACCAAUGCACACCAUCAUUGUCACGUCCGAUGAUAAAGAAGAGAGCGGACAGGAAGUAAUUACCAAAAUAAGAAACGCAUUGGAUGCAAAAAACACCGGGAUAAGAGUGGAUAGGUUGCGAAAAGCCAGAGACCAAAAAAUCGUUAUAGGCUGCCACAACAAACGGGAACUCGAAAGGGUCAGCGAAGCGGUGAAGUCCCGCAACCUCCAAGUAAAAGAAGCGCAAAACAAAGACCCACUCGUCAUCUUAAGGGACGUCCUCUCAGUGCAUACUGACGAGGACAUAGUAAAAGCGCUUAAAAACCAAAACGGUCACCUGUUCGCUGACAUCGAGGAAGUAAGGGCCACUGUCAGAUAUAGGCGUAGAGCAAGGAACCCACACGUCUCCCAUGUAGUGAUCGAAGUGUCCCCCACGGUAUGGCAGCGUCUCACCGCGGCGGGUCGUGUACACAUUGACCUACAGCGGGUCCGUGUGGAGGACCGGUCGCCGCUGGUGCAAUGCUCGCUGUGCCUUGGGUACGGGCACACCAAGCGCCUCUGCAAGGACACUCAUAUUGUUAAGGGCGACGCAGAUGACCAAGUAGUGAAGAGUGCUGGUGCUCCACCAGGUGUGAAAUUGUACCGCGUGUUCCAAGCCAACCUACAAAGGAAAGAGCUAGCAACAAACGAGCUUAUGCUUGAGGCAAGUAAAAGGAGAGCGGCCUUUGCACUGCUCCAGGAGCCGUAUGUGGGUAGCUCAAGUGGCAUGAAAGCCUACAGAGGAGCGAGGAUUUUCCAGAACACUGAACAGGAAGAGGGAACUGUCAAAGCGGCAAUCGCAGUCUUUGACCAAGACAUGGACAUAGUACAGUUCCCAGAACUCACCACAAACAACAUCUUAGUGGUGAAGAUCCGAACCAGUGCCUGGGAAAUGACUGUGGUUUCAUGCUACUUUGAACCAGACCAGCCCAUAGAGCCAUACUUGGAGCAGCUAAAGGGAAUCCGCCGUAAAUUGCGACCGAAGCUGUUCCUCAUCGGCGGGGACGUAAACGCCAAAAACACCUGGUGGGGCAGCAGCAAAAUAGAUUGCAGAGGUAGUGAGGUAUCUGGUGCUAUGGAAGAGAUGGAAAUGCAGGUGCUCAACGAAGGAGAUGUCCCUACCUUUGACACCAUUAGAGGCAACAAGAGAUACGCAAGCCAUGUAGACAUCACAGCCUGCUCAUCGGACAUGCUGAGCUUGGUGGAGGACUGGAACGUAGACGAACAGAUAACCAGCUCUGACCACAACACCAUCAUCUUCAAAGUCAGGCUCGCAAGAGCGAAAGGCACGGACAUCCAACGGACCACGCGAGUCUACGGCACCAAAAGGGCCAAUUGGAUUCAAUUUCAUGAGACAUUGGAACAAUUGGUGGCCGGUGGUGCCGUGGACAAAGCCAAAAUAGAAGGGGUUAACACCAUAAGGGAAUUGGACUUCUUGAUGGAGGGGUAUACGAACAUUGUCAAAAAGGCAUGCGAAGACACUCUCUCCAAAAAGAAGCCCAAUCAAAAACUUACCUUACCUUGGAUGUCCGAGGAGCUUGACAAAUUGAGGAAGGAGGUCUUGACCAGGAAGCGGCGUGUCCGAUGCGCAGCACCAGUCCGGAGAUCCCGGGUUGUCGCUGAGUACCUGCAAAUGAAAGAGAAGUAUGAAAGGGAUGUAAAAAAGGCCCAGAUAUCUAGUUGGAAGGAGUUCUGUGGGAAGCAGGAUAGGGAGGGUGUAUGGGAGGGUAUCUACAGAGUUAUAGGUAGGACCGCCAAGCGACAGGAAGAUCUGCCCCUGGAGAUAGAUGGUAGGACUGUAGACAUGCGCGAAUCUGCUAGAGCCCUGACUGAGACUUUCUACCCUGAGGAUUCGGCGGACCGUGACACGGCAUACCACCGACAAAUACGAGCGGAGGCCGACAGAGUGAAUGGUGUUUCUCGGGACGAAUCCCGGGACCCGCCUUUCACAAUGGAGGAGCUCCGAGCAGCGGUAGAAAGUUUCAAUCCUAAAAAGGCACCCGGUGCAGAUGGUUUUACGGCGGAUAUCUGCAGUAGAGCGAUCUCAUGUGACCCAGGACUUUUCCUAUCACUGGUUAACAAGUGCCUGGAGCUUGAACACUUCCCGACCAUCUGGAAGAAGGCCACAGUAGUGGUCUUACGUAAGCCGGGGAAAGACAAUUACCGGAACCCCAAGGCAUACAGGCCGAUAGGGUUGUUGCCAGUGAUGGGGAAGAUCUUUGAAAAACUGGUCGUAGGUAGACUGAAAUGGCAUAUCCUCCCUAGGAUUAGUACUCGCCAAUAUGGCUUUAUGCCCCAAAAAAGCACUGAGGACUCGCUCUAUGAUCUAGUGAAUUAUAUACGUCUGAAAAUAAAAGCAAGAAAGCUUGUAACGUUAGUCUCGCUGGACAUAGAGGGGGCCUUUGACAACGCUUGGUGGCCAGCAAUAAGAGUCAGAUUGGCUGAGGAAAAGUGUCCUGCAAAUAUCCGGAGAGUGCUUGACAGCUACCUACGAGACAGACAGGUCACAGUGAGAUAUGGGGGGGAACAGCAUACAAAGAAUACAACGAAAGGUUGUGUACAGGGAUCGAUUGGCGGUCCUAUCCUGUGGAACCUUCUCCUGGACCCUCUCUUAAAGGGGCUUGAGGAGCGAGGGGACUAUGUCCAAGCAUUCGCCGACGAUGUCGUCCUCGUGUUCCACGGAGAAACCGCGUUAGAGGUCGGGAGGCAGGCCAAUGCCGCCCUCGCCUAUGUCCAAGAUUGGGGAAAGAGAAAUAAACUCAACUUUGGUCCACAGAAGACUAAAGCCAUGACUCUAACAAAUAAAUUAAAAUACGAUACCCCAAUCUUGGAUAUGGGCGGGAUCGGCAUCGAAAUGUCGAACGACAUAAAGAUCUUGGGACUGCAUAUUGACAGGAAGUUGACCUUUAACAAACACGUUACAGAGGUAUGCAAAAAGGCCAUUGCAAUUUAUAAGCAACUCUCCAGAGCAGCAAAGGUGGAUUGGGGUCUUCACCCAGAAAUAGUCAGAACUAUAUAUAAUGCUACAAUCGAGCCAGUAAUCCUUUAUGCCGCUAGUGUCUGGGCUCCGGCAGCCGACAAGCUAGGGGUGCAGAAACAGCUGAACAACGUCCAGAGAGGAUUCGCACAAAAACUGACGAAAGCGUACCGAACCGUAUCCCUUAACUCUGCCUUGGUGCUGUCUGGGUUGCUCCCACUUGACCUCCGGAUUAAGGAGGCAGCCGCCCUAUAUGAGGCCAAGAGGGGGGUGUCCCAGCCGACACUAGGGGAUAGAGAAGUGGAACGAGUCGUUGGAUAUGCCCAGGCUCCACACCCGGCGACGCAUAUGAAACUGGAGUUCGUCUGUCUGGUAGACCAAGAGCAGGUCGACUGCCAUAACAAGCAAGCAGUUCGUAUAUAUACGGAUGGCAGCAAAAUUGACGGCAAGGUCGGGGCAGCUCUAUCCGUGUGGGAUGGAGAUGCUGAGACCAAAACCGUCAAGUUGAAACUGUCUCCGUAUUGCACGGUCUACCAGGCUGAGCUGCUGGCCAUAUGCGAAGCCACUAGGGUGAUUUUGGCGUGCCAUCAAACGAGCUUUGGCAUAUACAGCGACUCAAGGUCGGCGCUCGAAACCAUCGUUAACUAUGACUCGAAGCACCACCUAGCUGUCACAACACGAGCAAAUGUUGCAACGGGCAAACUCCAGAACAAGGAGAUAUCCUUCUUCUGGAUAAAAGCACAUGCCGGUCUAGAAGGCAAUGAAAGGGCGGACCAACUGGCGAAGGACGCUGCGCAACGGGUGAAGACAAAACCGAACUACGAUCUUUGCCCAGUCUCAUAUAUAAAAAGACAGAUCCGGAUUGAGUCCCUUGAGAGGUGGAACGAUAGGUAUCAGGCAGGAACAACAGCCUCAACUACAAAAGUAUUUUUCCCAGACGCGAUAAUCGCACAUAAGACCAUCAAAAAAUUAACAAUAACGGGAGUCCUGACGCAGGUACUGACUGGGCACGGUGGGUUCUCCGAGUACUUGAACAGGUUCAAGUGCAAGGAGAACCCAUCGUGCAUCUGUGAGCCAGGAGUAGAUGAGACCAUCGUCCACCUUCUCUUCGAAUGUCCCACAAACGCACCCCUCAGGUACGAGAUAGAGCAAGCAUUAGAGACCACACUGUGUAGAGAGAGAGCAAGUGAAAUUAUAGCGGACAAAACUAGACGAGCAACGUUUAUCGAAUAUUGCCAAAUUGUGGCGAACAGAGCAAUUAAAAGAAACAAAGAGCAAUAA